AUGUCGUUCUUCAACUCGAUAGGACGAUCAAUGACGCGUGCUCCACGCCCUCCCAGACGUUCGACGACACCCACGUCGUCCAGUUUUCCCUCAAACGAGAAUCUGCCUGGCGCUGUAGUAACACAUACAUCAGUUCCUAGACCGCUUUAUCUUUCCAGCCCUUUUGUAGACGCGGCUCUCGUUAAGGGAAACUUUAAGCAUAUAGUCAUGUUGCCAAAAUAUGCGGACGUCAUGGAGUGGGUUGCGGUUAACAUCUUUGAUUUUUAUCAAAAUCUCAACCAGUUCUACGGGGUGCUUGCUGAGUGCUGUACCCAACAAUCAUGUCCGACGAUGGCUGCCGGGCCCACGCUCAGCUACACAUGGGUCAACCAGGAUCGCAAGAGCGUUCAACUCCCUGCCCCCACAUACAUCGACUAUGUAAUGACGUGGGUGCAGAAUUCGCUUGACGACGAGACCGUCUUCCCUACCAAGUCUGGUCGCGAAUUCUCCCAGAACUUUCCCUCCACUGUGAAGCACAUCUAUCGCCAACUGCUGCGUGUUUUCGCACAUCUCUACCACGCGCACUAUCCGCAGAUCCUCCAUCUCCGCAGCGAGCCGCAUUUCAACUCACUAUUUGCUCAUUUCCUCGCUUUUGGCAAGGAGUACGAGCUGUUGGACAUCAAGGACGUGAAGGGCCAGUCAAACUCCCCGGUGGGCGUCGGCGCGCUCUUGGAAAAGUGGAAGGAGAUGGGCAUCCUGGAGUCAUGA